AUGACUCUCUCCAAGGAAGUGAAAGUGAUCUCUGAUUUCUUCUUUUAUUUUGCUUUUGGCAGCAAUCUUCUUCAAGAACGACUUCAUGUUCAAGUAGGUAACAGUUGUAAUUUUAAUCAUAUUGUUUUAGAUAAAAGGAGCUCAAUUUGUUGGAGUAGGACUCCUGAAGAAUUACGAACUCUCUUUCUUUGAUUGGGGAUCCAGAUGGCAUGGAGCUAUCGCUUCUAUUGAGAAUUCCAAUUCUUCUGAAGUUUGGGGGUGCGUUUGGAAGGUGCCGAACUCAUUCGCGGAAGAGCUGGAUCUUCAGGAGUCCGGGUAUCACAGAUUACAAGGUGCGAGAGGGAAUUUGGAAAGGGGUUCUGGGCUGGAUUUUGGGUUGUGGAAUUUUUUUAUAUUAUACUAGGCAGAAUUGUUGAUUUUUUAUUCCGGUGUUUCUAGUGAAAAAAUAUUUGGGUGUACCUUUAAAAUAUGAUCCUAGCUGCUAUUUAAAAAGUUUUUUGAUAUUAUAGACUUAUAUGUUUUUAUUUUGGUCUCUAAUAUCAAGUUUUUUCAGUACCGGUACAACUAGUCAAAACCAACGAAACAGUCGUGUGUCGAACCUAUCAAUACUCAAAUCCCGACAGAAAACAUCAAAAUCCAUCUCCUCAUUACAAACAAGUCAUCGUUUCGGGAGCUAUUGAACAUGAACUUCCAGAGGAUUAUAUAAGAAAACUAAAGGCGAUCCCGGAUAAUGGAUAUAAAGGGAAGGUUCUACUCGAUCUCAAGGUCCUCAAGGAUCUCAAUGAUAAAGCUGAGAUAUAG